AUGAGGGAGAUAGUGCUAUGGGAGACCGGGCAGUGCGGGAACCAGAUCGGCGCCAAGUUCUGGGAGGUGAUCUCUGAUGAACAUGCCAUCGACUCUGCUGGCACCUACCACGGGGACAGGGACCUGCAGCUGGAGCGCAUCAACGUGUACUACAACGAGGCCAGCGGUGGCGGGUACGUGCCCCGCCCUGUGCUUGUGGAUCUGGAGCCGGGCACCAUCGACUCUGUGUGCUCAGCGCCCUUCGGGAGGAUCUUCAGGCCGGACGACUUCAUCUUCGGUCAAUGUGGGGCCGGGAACAACUGGGCCAAGGGGUACUACACAGAAGGUGCAGAGCUGAAGGAGUCGGUGAUGGAUGUUGUGAAAAAAGAAUCUGAGAGCUGUGACUGA